AUUCCUAGAAGAAUAUUCCAAGUGACAAGUGCGAAAAAGGUGUAAAUUUGAUUAAAUCACCGUCAAAUAAUCCUCUCGGAAAAUGAAGACUAUUGAAGAGAUUAAAUUGGAGUAUCCAUUGCAUUGGCACGUUUGGCAAAACAGUCUGGAUGAGCUAAAAGAGAUCCUAAGGAAUGCAAAAAUUGAUAAAGAAAAAGUUGAUCCGCGGGGACGUACGCCACUCAUGUUGGCGGUCAAGUUGGGACACAUACAAUGUGUCAAAUGCUUAUUAGCAGCAAAAUGCAAUGCCACAUAUGAGUAUGAGGGUUGGUCAAUUGUCCAGGAAGCUGUAUGUACGGGUAAUGAAGAUAUACUAACUGCCAUUUUGGAGGUACGUGAUCUGCAACGUCAUGUUCAGAGAGUAACACAUGUUCCAAAGUUAUUGCAGCAUUUGUUGGAUGCUCCUGAUUUUUAUAUUGAAAUGAAAUGGGAGUUUACAUCUUGGGUUCCUUUAAUGUCUCGCCUUUGUCCGAGUGAUACAUAUCGCGUGUAUAAGCGUGGAGCUAACGUUCGUAUUGACACAACACUGUUGGGCUUCGAUAACAACACUUGGCAACGAGGGAACCGUUCAUACAUAUUUAAAGGUUCAAAUGACAGUGCCACAAUGAUUGAAGUCGAUCAUGACACACGUGAGGUAAUGGUGGAACAAAUGAACUCAGAAAUUGGUGAUAUUAUAGCCAUUCCACCUCCCAUUGGGGGAGUCAAGGCACGCUUGAAUGCCCCUGUUAUAACUAACAACAUUGAAAUGGAAAAGAUCAGUUUCGAGCGCAACAAAUCGGGCAUUUGGGGAUGGCGCAGUGAAAAGUCAGAAGUUAUAAAUGGUUACACUUGCAAAGUGUAUGGGGCCAGUAAUGUUGAAUUCAUAACAAAAACACGCAUGGAUCAUUUAUCGGAUGAACAAAUCAAGGCCAAAACAUCGAGAACACCAUUCCAUAACUUUUUGGGUUUAGCCGAAGAAGAAUACAUUUCUAGUCCAGAUUUGGCCAGUUUAAGGGAAAGGGCCCCAACACCUCAUACCGAGGAACACAAUGAAAAUGGUGAUGAAGCCUCAAACAGCAAUAGUUCCAAUAACUCUGGUUCCAGUUCACCCAAAACGAUAAUAACACCUCAAGAAUAUUUUACAGCUGAUUUAGAUUUAGGUGGUCGUGAUAUUGGGCGACCUAAAAAACUUAAUACCAAGAUUCAACGUUUUAAAGCGAAUCUAUGGUUAUGUGAAGAUUAUCCCAUGCGUUUGCAAGAACAAGUUCUUCCUAUAUUAGAUCUUAUGUCCACAAUGGCCAGUCCUCAUGUAUCCAAAUUAAAAGACUUUAUUACAAUGCAACUGCCUUCCGGUUUUCCAGUUAAAAUUGAGAUCCCCCUAUUCCAUGUGCUUAAUGCCUGCAUAACAUUUGGCAAUGUGUUUGGCAUGACCACCCCAGUGGAUAAUGUUACAACGAUAAAUGAAGAUGAUCGUGUAACGUGCAUAGUCGAUGAUUGUUGUUUCAAUGAACCCCUUCAUUAUACCAAAAAAGGUGCAGACUCCAGACGCCAAAUGCCCCUAGACGAAGACGAUAUGCUGCAAUACGCCAUUGAACAAAGUUUGGUGGAAACUUCGGGCGGCGCCUGCAGCAUCAAUGUGCAUAAUAUGGAAAGUUCCUCGGAUAAAGUUGAUAUAUGGGAAGCUCUAAGAGGUCAAGGUGUAGGAGCCGAAGACGAAGAAGAUGAGCAACUUCAAAGAGUCCUGCAGGAAUCUCUGUGUGCGGUCAAUGCGGCGAAUUCCCCAGCCGCCUCGGACGAUGACGAUGGCGGCUUUAAAUAUAUCGAUCCAGAUUUGGCUCUGGCUCUGCGACUUAGUCAGCAAGAUCAACAGCAAUAUGAAUUGGAACGUAAGCGUGAACAGGAAAUGAUUGAGCAAGCUUUAAAAUUAAGUUUACAAGAACAUUAGAUUAAGUCGAUCUCAGUGGAUCAUACUAUGAAACAUGUCCCCCCUCCCCCCCAAACUUUUUACGUUUAUUGUUUCCUUUGAAUUGCGGUAACUCCAUUGUAAUUGAGGUUGUUUCAUUAAUAUCAUCUUAUAUAAAAAUUUUAAUAUAUGUAUAUUUUUUAAAAAUAUACAAAGUCUUUAUAUUUCUCAACAAUUGUAAAGAUUAUUUGUAUGUUAUGUUGUAUGUUUACUUUUUUUUGUCCCCCAUCCCCUGCCCCUAGUAAUAUGUAUGUAUGUAUACAUAGAGAGUAUGCCAAAAUUCGUAUUUUUUUAUUUAUAAUUUGUCUUUGUUAACUCGUCUUUGUUUUUUUUAUAGUCUAUAUAUUUAAAAAUAAUUAAAAUCUAAUAAACUUUUGUAUACUUAGUUGAUAAAGAGUACAUAGAUACAUUUGUAUAUGGAUUUAAACAUAUGCAUAUCUAUUUAAACACACACACACACUUAUACCGAAUAUUGAACACACCACUUUCUCACCAACUCACAGACACAUACACACACACACUAUUCGCCUAUGAAACUGUAACAUCUGAGAAAAAAAGAAAAUCAACUUAAAAAUCUAUUAUCAAUUUUAUUUUAAUUUGUUAUAAACAUUUAUAAUAGAAAUCAAAAAUCAGAAUGAAAAAAAAAAACAAAAACAACAAAUAAAAUCAAGUACCAUUACCAUUAA